GUCGGCUUGCUGUCUGGGAGGGCACUAGGGCGGAAUUGGAAUAACUGGAACGACUUCCGGGUAUCCCUUCCUGGGCUCUGGCUGAAGUCGACAGAUAAAGGCGUCUGUAUACAUAUUUAAAAGUUACGCCCAGAUUUGUCCAAGGAGCAGAAAAUCCCAGCCAUGUCUCAGUCUGGAGAGAAAGGGAAGUUUCCGGAGACCGCAGGUUAUGUGGGCUUUGCCAACCUCCCGAAUCAAGUCCACCGCAAGUCGGUCAAGAAAGGCUUUGAAUUCACUCUCAUGGUUGUGGGGGAGUCCGGCUUGGGGAAAUCCACCUUGAUAAACAGCCUUUUUCUCACUGACCUCUACCCUGAGCGCUACAUCCCUGGAGCGGCAGAGAAGAUAGAGCGGACGGUUCAGAUCGAGGCAUCGACGGUGGAGAUUGAGGAGAGAGGAGUGAAGCUUCGCCUCACCGUGGUGGACACGCCCGGAUACGGGGACGCCAUUAACAGCCAGGACUGCUUCAAGACCAUCAUCCAGUACAUCGACAACCAGUUUGAGCGCUACCUUCACGACGAGAGCGGGCUGAACCGGAGACACAUCGUGGACAACAGGGUCCACUGCUGCUUCUACUUCAUCUCUCCCUUCGGACACGGCCUGAAGCCUCUGGAUGUGGAGUUCAUGAAGGCCAUACACAGCAAGGUCAACAUCGUCCCCGUCAUCGCCAAGGCGGACACACUCACACUGAAAGAGAGGGAUCGUCUGAAGAGGAGGAUCCUGGACGAGAUCGCCGAGCACGGCAUCAAGAUCUACCAGCUUCCCGACGCCGACUCGGAUGAAGACGAGGAGUUCAAGGAGCAGACCAGAGUGCUGAAGGCCAGCAUUCCCUUCGCUGUCAUCGGCUCCAACCAGCUGAUCGAGGUGAAGGGGAAGAAGAUCCGCGGGCGGCUGUACCCCUGGGGCGUGGUGGAGGUGGAGAACCCCGAGCACAACGACUUCCUCAAGCUGCGCACCAUGUUGGUGACUCACAUGCAGGACCUGCAGGAGGUGACCCAGGACCUGCACUACGAGAACUUCCGCUCCGAGAGACUGAAGAGGAGCGGCAGAAACGUGGAGGAGGAUGUCAUGGAUAAGGACCAGAUCCUCUUGCAGAAGGAGGCUGAGCUGAGACGCAUGCACCAGAUGAUCGCUCACAUGCAGGCCCAGAUGAAGAUGAAGGGAGACGAGUGAGGAGAAGAGAGGAAGGACUGGCCGCGGCCUCGGUCCCCUCCCCACCGCACACCCCCAUACAAACCCACGUCUUCAUGCGAUGAAGACUGUUCAGUUGUAGACAUACCACUGUACAAAGCCAUUGAUGACUUUGUUUUUAAAACUAUCCAUCCAUCGACCAAUCAUGUUGCUGCGCAUGGUCCUCCGUCUUGACAUCAUACGCCAAGACGUUUGUUAUGUCAGUGUAACCAUGCCAAUGCUAACAUGUUAACAGAUGAUAAUUCUAUUCAAACACCGUUAUUCUAUUUACCUGUGUCCUGUCUGCUAAAAAGGGUUAGGAAGGGAUAUGAACACAAAUCUUUUUAUAUAUGUAUUUUUCACAUGGAUAUGUUGAUUAUUUAUAGUCUCAUACAAGUCAUCACGGUCAUUGAACAGGCAUGUUUUGUAGUGCAGAGCUGAUAAUGGUACAAGCGAUCAGAUAUGUUUUAUGUUUAUGUUUAAUACUCAUGUACUUGCAUAUAAAAAGGGUCUGACUACCUAUGCUUAAAGUAGCUUUAAACCCUCUCUAAUAUUAAAGGUGGCCUACUUGCUUUAGAAGUUGCGUGACAAACCGUUCCUAAUGGAUUGAGUCCCCUCUGGGUCCACUUUUAUCUGGUCAUACAUGUGUUAUGUAAGAUACAAAUCAUGGCUCUAGUUUUGCCAUGAAUUCAUGUAGACCUUCGGCUGUAUUGUUAAUCACAAGGUCAUCUUUUGCCUUUAUCCUCCAGAAGUUGCAUAUACUUGUUUUCUGUCUAACAACUCAAGUUAACUUAAAUUUGAUUUUGUGAGGUGGAAGAAGCUCAUUUAUGUUUACUUGGCAAUGCUUAAUUAGGGAGGGCCUUUGCUUAAUGCUGUUUUCCUGCGUUUAACUAUCUAUUUCUAUUUAUCAAUAAGGUACAUUUUAUCACCAGCAUGUACUGACCAAAUACAGGCCAAAUAAGCCCAUGUUUUUAAAACUUAUUAUGUUAUAUUGGAAUAUUACAUGAAUGUUGGAAAGGGCUUUUUGUAUGUCUUCCAGGUCUUAAAAAAAUAAUUGUUAUUGCAA